GCUGCAUGGAGGGAAGGGAGUGACAGGCAGUCUGGAAGACUCCAGACUUAGCAGUAUGCUCGCUUGUCUUCCCCAUGGAGUAUGCACAGCACUGGGAAGAGGGUUUAGGAUGCCCGAAUGACACGUGCCGGGCUCUUCCUGGAAAAUAGAGCAGCUACAAGAGGACAAAGUGGAUUCUGAGAAUCCCUAGACUGGAACCAAGAACUGUCGGCAAAUUGGGUGUAAAAUGUUUCUUGUGUAUGGUUUCCCAAAGGGAGCCUCUGCGAUCCACUACCCACAAGUAGCUGGCAAGUAUUUAUUGAGCACCUACCAUGUGCUGGGCGUUGUGUUGACGAUGAAAGGCAAGUCUUCCCCUGGCCUUUGUCUACACUAGCUGAGCUGCCAGUGACCAUGCUCUCACACUUGGUAACGCUGAGGGCAGUGAUAACUAGUCGUCAACUGCCGGUCCCUGACUACUUCCUGUGUGCUGGGCCAGUGUUAGGACGUGCGCAUGUAUUUGAGAGCAAUGCAUCCCGGAUCCAAGCCUUCUGCUUCCUUCCAGAACCAUGCCCUUCCCUGACCCAUCCAGGGAUGGAGACUGAAAGACCCCAGGAAGAAGAGGAUGGUGAACACCAGGGUCCCCCGCAAGAUGAUCAGGGCUGGCCCCCUGUGAACUCCACCACUCGGCCUUGGCGAUCUGCUCCUCCCUCCCCUCCUCCGCCAGGAACCCGCCACACAGCCCUGGGGCCCCGUUCGGGCUCCCUGCUCUCCCUGCAGACUGAGCUCCUUCUGGACCUGGUGGCUGAGGCCCAGUCCCGCCGCCUAGAGGAACAGAGGGCCACCUUCCAUCCCCCCAAAGCGCCCCCAAGCCCAGCCCCAACCCCACCUCGGCUUCUCGAGGACAAAGAACAGCUCUACAGCACCAUCCUUAGUCACCAGUGCCAGCGGAUGGAAACCCAGCGGUCAGAGCCGCCCCUUCCCCCCGGGGGACAGGAGCUCCUGGAGUUGCUGCUCAAAGUUCAGGGUGGAGGUCGAAUGGAGGAGCAAAGAUCUCGGCCCCCUACACACACCUGCUGAGACCUGAGAGCUCCCAAACAGCCCCUUCUCGCUGGGACUCAAAGCUGGGACACCCCACAUGCCGGUUCGGCAAGGGGUACCAGAGACUGAAGACGCGGCUGAAAUGGCAGUAUUUACCACCCACUUUCCCAGGGAACUGGACUUGGGACAAGUACUCUAACCUUGAGAAUAAGCAAGGUAGGGUGGACAUAACUCCUUAAGACAGUUAAGAGUAUCUAUCCUGAGCUGUCAAGCUACUAAACAGGGUGUGAGGGCUGAGGCCUGCCCCUUCCUGCCUAGAAAGAAAAAAAAGGCAAAGAUUAAGACAAUUGUCCAGCACUAGCACCCCCAAGGCCCAAGGCAGAGGGGACCGGAGGCUGUGAAGCGAACCUUAGCCCCGCCCACCCCCCCUGCUGCUGGGUCUGUCUGAUGUUUUGGUUGUAUGAAUAAAUAUAAUUCCCUCCUGGA